AUGGCCAAGUGUCACCGAAACGACAUCGGAUCCGUCGUGCUAGACCGCGCUACCACCACCACGUCCGCCGGAGGAGGCGGUCACUUCCGUCUCUGGUCAUCCUUCUCCGGUGCUUCAUUCCGCCGGAAAAUCUUCUUCGCCGUCAGUUGCGGCGGCAGCUCCCGCUAUCGUCACCACAACGACAAAAACAACGUCGCUCCGUCCAGUCCUCCCACUCCCCCGGCCACUGCCACUAGAUCAACCGCGACGAAAACGACGUCGCAGUCGCACUCCAAAGAAAAAGAGCUGGAAAAGGUAAAACCGAAGUCCGAGAAGCUCUCGGAUCUUCUGAACCUCGCGGAGUUCUCGGAGUCGGAGAACGACGCCGUGACCAAGAAGAAGGUGGAGGCUUUGGAUGAGCUGAAGCGCGUGGCGAAGGAAUUGCAGGUCGAAGACGACUCGGCGAAGAGGAAAGAGGCGGCGAGCAGAGUGAGAUUGCUCGCCAAGGAAGAUGUGGAAGCCAGAGCGACGCUGGCGAUGCUCGGAGUCAUUCCUCCGCUCGUCGCCUUGCUCGACUCCGACGACUUCGUUGCUCAGAUCGCAUCGCUCUACGCUCUGCUCAAUCUCGGGAUCGGCAACGAUGUAAACAAGGCUGCUAUUCUCCAAGCAGGGGCUGUUCACAAAAUGCUUAAACUCAUUGAAUCCCCAAAUCCUCCAGACCCAUCAGUCUCAGAAGCUAUAAUUGCAAAUUUCCUCGGCUUAAGCGCAUUGGAUUCGAAUAAACCCAUCAUUGGAGCUUCAGGUGCCAUACCCUUCUUGGUUAAAACCCUCAAGAAUUUGGACAACACAAGUAGCCCUCAAGCUAAGCAAGAUGCCUUGAGAGCUCUCUACAACCUUUCAAUCUUCCCAUCCAAUAUUUCGUUCAUAUUGGAAACUGAUUUGAUCCCAUUUUUCCUGAAUUCGCUUGGAGACAUGGAAGUGAGUGAAAGAAUCCUUGCAAUUCUAAGCAACAUGGUAUCUGUCCCCGAAGGUCGAAAAGCAAUUAGCAGUGUCCGGGAUGCAUUCCCAAUAUUGGUUGAUGCAUUGAAUUGGAACGAUUCGCCGGGGUGUCAAGAGAAGGCAUCUUACAUUUUGAUGGUGAUGGCACACAAGGCAUUUGGGGAUAGGCAAGCCAUGAUCGAGGCGGGAAUGGUAUCGGCAUUGCUUGAAUUAACGCUUUUGGGUAGCACUUUGGCACAGAAGAGAGCCUCAAGGAUCUUGGAGUGUUUGAGAGUGGAUAAAGGAAAGCAGGUUUCACAAAGCUUUGGUGGGAGUAUGGGUGCAGCGGUUUCUGCUCCCAUUUGUGGCUCUUCGUCGUCUUCUACAAACCCGAACAUGGGUUCCAAGGAGUGUUUGGAAGAGGAGGAGGACAUGAUGAGUGAGGAGAAGAAAGCCGUGAAGCAAUUAGUGCAACAGAGUUUGCAAAACAACAUGAGGAGGAUCGUGAAGAGGGCCAAUUUGCCGCAAGAUUUCGUCCCAUCAGAUCAUUUCAAGGCACUCACCUCAAGUUCAACUUCAAAGAGCUUGCCAUUUUGA